CCCAUAUGUCAACGAGUCAGCUGAGCUGAGUCUUGAGACCAGUAAUAAAAGCCAGCCAGUCCGACUGAUAUCUUCAAACAGAACACAGUUAAAAUGAUUUCAUUACUUUUCUUACUGCUGAUUAAGACUGUAGUGGCUAGUGAUGCCGUUGAUUAUGAUGAACUGUAUGAAAAGGUAGGAUCUGAAGUAGAACCUCAAAAGUGUGGACAAGCCGUCAAAGAUCUUAUGAAGAGAGUGAAUGAAGAAAUAGCAGAGUCUUUCAAUGUUACCAUAAUUCCACAUAUAAAAACAACAACACACAUAAAAUCACAUAUAAAAUCCAAUCAUAGAGACUUCUUUAGGUUAAAGAAAAUGGAUGAUUGUGUGGCUAUAACAGCAUCCAGCGGGGUUGCUGCAGCUUGGGGCUUUCACUAUUAUCUUAAAGAGUUUUUGAAUUGUCAUAUAUCUUGGGAUGGAGACCAGAUCAAUAUACCUGAUGAGUUACCCGAUGUCGACAUUGAAGUCGUGGCAAAUGACAGGUUUCGCUACUAUCAAAAUGUCUGUACAACAAGCUACAGUUUCGUAUGGUGGGACUGGAAGCGAUGGGAGAGAGAAAUAGAUUGGAUGGCUUUAAAUGGUUUCAAUUUAGUCUUGGCUUUCAAUGGACAGGAGGAAAUUUGGAGAAGAGUCUAUUUGAAACUUGGAUUAACUGAUAAGGAGAUCGAUGACCAUUUUACUGGACCAGCAUUUUUAAGUUGGAACAGAAUGGGAAAUUUAAGAGGAUGGGAAGGACCUCUUUCAAAAUCGUGGCAUAAUCUUUCAGUCAACCUCCAGAAAAAGAUUUUAUCAAGAAUGCGACUAUUAGGAAUAAUUCCAGUACUACCCGCAUUUGCAGGCCACGUUCCUAGAGCGUUUUCAAGAAUUUUUCCGUCAUCAAAUUUGACAUUGCUUCCAGAUUGGUGUUAUUUUCCGGAUCAAUAUUGUUGCCCAUAUAUAAUGGCACCUGAUGAUCCUAUUUUUAAUAAAGUUGGCUCCCUGUUUCUACAUGAGUACAUCCAAGAAUUUGGAACUGAUCAUAUUUAUAAUUGUGAUCCAUUUAACGAAAUGUUACCAUCUUCUGGAGACUUGGACUACCUACAUAGAAUAGGAAGAUCUAUAUAUGAAUCCAUAAAUUCUACAGAUCCACAUGGAAUUUGGAUGCUCCAGGGGUGGUUGUUUAAACAUGAUUUCCUUUUUUGGACAAAGAAGAGAGCAAAAGCAUUUUUAACUUCUAUUUCUAUUGGUAAGUUUCUAGUUCUAGAUUUACAAGCAGAAAUAAAUCCGCAAUAUACAAAAAUGGAUUCCUUUUUUGGACAACCCUUUAUUUGGUGUAUGCUCCAUAAUUUUGGUGGAACUUUAGGCUUACAUGGUUCUUCUGAGUUCAUCAACAAUAACAUAUUUGAAGCUAGAGAAUUUCAGAAUUCCACUUUGGUGGGGGUUGGAUUGACACCUGAGGGUAUUAAUACAAACUAUGUUAUUUAUGAUUUACUGAUGGAUAUGUUUUGGAGAAAAGAACCAGCAAACCUUACAAAAUGGUUUAACAAUUACGCAAGGCGAAGAUAUGGAAUACAAAAUGAUAAUGCACAAGAGGCAUGGAAUUUAUUAAAGAAAUCUGUAUACAACUACACUGGUGAUGAAUCUCAACAUGGAAAAUACACUCUUGUACAACACCCUCGACUGAACAUGGAAACCGAUCAAUUAUGGUACAAUGAAAAUGAUGUUUAUGAAGCUUGGACAAAACUACUGCUAGCUUCCUCUGAAAUACCAGAAAUUAAUAUCACAGAGACAUUUUUAGUUGAUCUUGUAGAUGUUACAAGACAGGCAUUACAACUAAAAAUAAAUGAAUUGUUCUCAGACAUUUACAUAUCCUAUAAUGAGGGAAAUUUAACAGUUUUACAGCAAACAACAGAAAUAUUUCUUCAACUCCUAGAUGACUUAGAAACUAUAUUAGCAAGUAAUUCUAAGUUCCUUUUGGGGAACUGGAUUAAUUCUGCCAAAUCUAUUGCCACUACGCCACUCGAAGAGAAAAUAUAUGAGAGGAAUGCUAGGAAUCUGAUUACUCUUUGGGGACCAAAUGGCGAAAUACGAGAUUAUGCCAAUAAACAGUGGUCAGGUUUGAUUAAAGAUUACUAUAAACCACGCUGGCAGAUUUUUCUCUCGGCACUUAAUGAGUCAUUAGCAACAAAAACUCCUUUCCGCCAAAGAGAUGUUUCAAACAAAAUAUUCUUCGAUGUUGAGGAACAUUUUACUUACAGUUAUUCCAACUAUUCGAACGUUCCAGUCGGCGACUCUAUUGCUAUAUCACGGUGUAUAAAGCAGAAGUUGGGGCGACUAAAAAGGUUUACAAGUUAACUAAACUACUAAAUAAACUAUUUUUAAGUCAUAAUUAAUUUUUUGUCACGUUCAGCACAAAUAAAUAUAUACUUUUUCAAAUCUUUUUUGAAAACUACUAAAAAUUUC